UUCGUUUUGGGAUGCGCAGUAAGCUUGACAUACUCCAUCCACUUGCCUUAGGGCUAUUUUCGAAAAUCUCAAGUAUUUAUCGGUCUAUUUGAUUAUUUAUCUUUUGAUUCACUCCAUUAACGUUCUUUUCUAUCUCGUCAAUCUACAUUCUAUCACUUGCUUUAUUAUUUUUUCAAAUUCCUUAUAUGAGGAUUUGUAGAACUUUCUAAUCAUUCCUAGAUAAAUUGUUUAUGCUUUGAAUUUACAUUGCCCUUUUUUUUCUUUCUCUUCUUCUCAAACCAUUUAUAAUCAAUGAGUCGACCUCCCUCUUACUGGGCUUCUUAUAGUUCUCUGCCAGACCAAGACUAUGAUGACAAAAAUUCGUAUUCUGUCUCCACGUCUCCCUUGCCACCUUUAUCAUCUACUUCCACUAUCCAAUCCUCUGAGCCGAAGGACAAAUUGAAAGUCAUUGAUUCCGAAUCCCAGCUACCUUCCUCUUCCUCAGCCCCUCCUUCUCGUUUGAAGAUCUUCUUUGCUGUUGCAUCACAAAUUCUGUUUGCGAUCCUUGUAACCAUUCUGAAUAAGCAAGCCCUUAAUGUUGUGCGAGCCCCUCUUCUAAUGCUUUCUCUCCAAAUGGCCUUCACGGCUACUAUGGUCAAGGUCUAUUGGCGUCUUUCCUCGAAUGCCUCUCAAACUCUACAUCUUUCCUCGGUGAAACAGCUGAAAAAAUUCAUUUUCGUGAAAAUUUUAGGUAUCGUUAGCAAAACAUACUGUCUCUCUUUUGUACCUGUCUCUUUUUACCAAAUAUCGCGUGGCUUACUGUUGCCCUUCACGAUUCUUCUCUCCUUCUUAUUGCUUCGUCAAAAAACCCAUAUUUUCCCUCUCACUGGCUGCUUUUUAGUUAUGCUUGGAUUUGUUUUUGGUGUCCAGUUUGAGCAACACGUUCCCUUCAUCGGGGUCGCAUUGGGCAUUUGGAGCUCGUUUACAACAGCCAUUGAGUCUGUCGCUGUUAAGCAUUACGUUCAUGAGUUUCCUACUUUUGAUCUCAUUUAUAUAUUCGCAACCUAUAUGUCUGCCUUUUGUCUUUGUCUUUCCGUUUUCUCUCUCGAACUUUUCAAUGUCGUCAAAACUGUGAGUGGAGCGGAAGUAACCAAGUUCUCUCUUAUUCUCCUUGCUGCCUCUUGCUCUAAUUUCUAUUUAAAUAUUGCAACCUUUACCCAAAUCAAAGUCACCUCCCCUGUUUCUUAUAUGAUUUCUGUUGCAGCUCGUGGUGUUCUUCAAACAAUUUUUGCUGUUACCUUUUUACACGAGACUCUUUAUGUAAAUCGCAUUUACGGUGUCAUUCUCAUUCUCGGCGGUACCACUCUCUACACGCUUGCCAAGGAACGCGAACGCCGUAUGGCAAAUUAAACUCAAUUUUGCUUCAACGAUAUUUUUCUAUUUUUCUAUUUUUUUUCCUUUUUCUCUCGUUUGUAUGCUGCCUUUGUUCUUUGUAUCUUCAUGUUUUAAUUCGUUUUCUGUUUUCCGUUUUAUUCAAUGAGUCCGCAGAACCUUUCGUUUUGCACUUUUCUUUUCUUUUCUGUUUAUUUUUCGUUUCUUUCUGUAUGUUUAUUCAUGAAUUUUUUUAAUCCUUUUUCUUUUUUUCCCAUAGCUCUAGUCUUUCUUUCCUUUUCUGGGCUGUCCUAAAAUUACAAAUCAUAAUGCAACAUGUUUAAAAGUAUAAGACAUUUCAGUAGCUAAUCUUCAAUUUGUUUUCUCUUCUUUUUUGUUUUUUGUUUUUGCUUUUAGACUUUUACUUUGGUUUUUAUUUACUGAGUUACUAGUCCUAUUUCCUAGCCCAAACAAUAUCUACCUUUGUUUACAUAUACGCUCCUUCAUAAAGAGGAUCUACAAGACAAAAUUGGUGGAACCACUCGC